AUGCUGCCUUCCUCAGCUCCCUGUUCACUGAGCAGUACUACUCCCAUCUUGGACGCAAGAAGACCAAGCGACCAUACUUGGGGUAGGUGGAGUCUCUGCUUUUCCCGAAACAGAUUCAGCGCUGAGUGACAACGAGACUCUCUUUGGAGGUGGCUUGUUUUGCUUGCAAGCUAGAGUCUCCCCCAGAUCAGGCUCAAAAUUCUAGAUAGAAGUUUGAAGAAGACAAGGCAAGUGACUCACAUCCUUGAUCAGACCUUCACACGGCCCAGGAAGAAGACGGCUUAUCAAAGCGUCUUGCGUUGCUCUUCACAUGGAUCCUCAGCAGUACCGCAUGGCCAAAAUGGCAGACAGACUCCAAGUGUCAGCUGCUGAGGAGGAAACGGGUAACCCCAACAGUUCCCUCACCAUCCUAUCCCUGCUGGAGAGAGUUGCAGGUAUCAUUGACAAUGUGCAGGCCUGCCAACAGCGCAUGGAAGACCGUCAACUGGAGCUGGAGAACACCGUCAAGAUCAUCCAGACUGAUGUGCUCAAGCUGACCAAAGAUCAUGCCACUACCAGCAGCACAGUGGAGAAGUUGCUUGAAAAGACCCGAAAAGUCAGCACCCACAUCAAGGAUGUCCGGGUCAGGGUCGAGAAGCAGAACCUGAGAGUAAAAAAGGUAGAAGAAACGCAGGGGGAGCUGCUGAUGAAGAACAAGUUCCGGGUUGUUAUCUACCAGGGAGACAAGGAGGUGCCCGCAGUGGACGCUUCCAAGGCGCCGAAAGAGGCGGGAUCAUCAGGGGGCGCCGUGGAGCCGGACACCUUCGAGGUCCCACCAGACUCCGACGAGGAGUAUAUGGUGGUGGAAGAAGCAGACUCCUCCGCUGCCGCCCGCAUCAAGAAGACAGGCCUGAAGCGCAUCGAGAGUCUGAAGGCCACGUUUUCCCGGGAGAACCUCUCCAAAACCAAGGAAAACCUGGGCACCAAGGUCAGCCGGCUUGGGGAGCGCAUCGUACCUCCGGAGCGGCGGGAGAGGAUACGGCAAUCGGGAGAGCGCUUCAAGGAGACCAUCACCAAGACCGUGCCGGCCAAACUGAACCUGAAGAAGGAAAGGACUGUCGCUGAAGGCCAGGAGGGGGCCGAGGGCGCCACUGAGGCCACGGCCCCCAUUCCUCCCCCAAAGGGUCGCAAGGCCAACCCGGAUGUCACCUACACGGAGGUGGUGACGGAGGCCAAAGGAGUCUCCAUCUCAGAGUUUGGGGCAAGGAGGAGAGAGGGAGCGAGGAUGGAGUCUGGUGUAGCCUCGUCGGAGACAGGCAGGGCGGAUGAGGUUGAGGUUCCUGUGUACGACAUGAAGCAACUUUCUUAAGCUGCAGGCACAGCCGGUGGUGAAGGAAGAUAAACAAUUGUUUGAAGUUCAGAUUUACACAGGUUUUCAUACUUUUUCUGUCUUUUUUUGUAAUGCACACCGAAUACAGGAUCAAAGGAUUUGUUUAGAGGUCUUCUCUGGGUGAUUUAUUGGAGGAGAGUAUAGAAGAACCAAGUAAUUAACAAUACUAUACAAUUAUUAUGAAAUUAAAUGUUCAAAGGGGAUUUGUUAUCAAAUAUUUGCUUCUAAUCUCAUUACAAAGAGGGAUGAAAUAACUGAUGUUUUCUCUCCUCUACGAUAUGUAACAAAUCAUGUUAAGAUAAGUGUAAGGAAUUUCAUUCAAAUAUUAUAGCUGCUCAAACACUGACGGACUUCAGAUUUUAUCUUGAAUUUUUGGUGUAACUUGAACUGCCAAUUAAUUGUGUGAAUAAUGAAAGUAAAGAAACUGAUACAUGUAUGUUUAUUCUGGUACUGCAAUGUGGUUUUGUCUGGCUAUGGUGGAAAAACUCAUUUUGAAGAAGAAAGGGAUGCAUGAAAAUGGUAAAGUAAAACAUCUGAAUGACAUGUUAAUCUAAAGUAAGCCUCAUAUUGUAAAAAAAAAUUAAAAAAAAAACAAAAUAAGUAUAUGAAGCCAAGGCAGAGGUUGAUAAAAGAACUCAGUCAGCUGGUCUCUGAAGAGUAUCUUUAAAUUAUUUGAAUGAAUGCAGAGUAAAGUAGGUGAACAGUUGAAGCAGUGAAUAUGUAGAUCUCCACAAAGUUAUUAAGAAGCAGGUUACACGAAAAAUCGUGCACAAGGCGUGAGUUUACACGUUUAUCCAGUGAUUUAGUAAUGCGAUAUGUUCUAUUAUUUAAUUUGCAGUCAUAUUCAGAUUUCAGUUAAAUAUUUAAUAGUGCAAAGCCUAUCAUAGUGUUCAUUAUUGCAAAUUGAUGGUGGUAAUUUGCACAAUAUGUAAAUGUUUAUACAUCUUGCUAAAGCUGCAUGAUAUAUUUAUAUAAUUUAGAUUUAUUAAAAAUGUGUUGCAAACUAAAUGCCAUCAUAAACUCCAUAAUACUGUACAGCUUAAGUUUAUAAAAGUUCAUUAAAAAACAAAAACGAGAAUUUGUUUCAUGUGAUUAAUAGCUAAAUCCGUUGUCUGAUCUGAGUAGUUUAUUGUUGAUGUGAUACUGAACGGAAUACUUUAUCACUGAUUUUAAAAAUCAGGCAUGGAAAAUGAAAUAUUCCUACUCUGGGAUGUUAAAUUUAUCAAACAAUUUUCUGUUCCUUAGCUUGGUGUAACAUACUUGAUAUUCUACAUUUAAAAUGGCAGUAAUUACAGUAUAACCAUAGUAGACUUCAGAUUGACAUUGGUAUUUAUCAUCCUUCAUUCCAGAAGAACACAGAAAUCUGUGCAUACUCAUUUGUAUUUUUCACUUUCAUGUUUGGAAAUCUAAAUUAAAUAAAAGAAUACAUUAUAUUC